AUGGGAAUAACAUGGGUGAGCGUGGGAAGUGAAUUGGCACCUUCCGUGCAGCCGACCCAAAGGAGGGACGAGAGAGAAGCUUACCAAGUCGUGAGUGCCUCCCUUUUGAACGGAGACUUCUGGAGCCCCACAAAGGGCAUGGACUCAGAGAAUCAUCCAGAAGUGUUGAACUUUCUAAUACAACUGGAAAGCAAAGAGCUGAUCAUAAAUCUGGAAAGAAAUGAAGGUCUCAUUGCCAGCGGCUUCACGGAAACCCAUUAUCUGCAGGAUGGCACCGAUGUCUCCCUCACUCGAAAUUACACGGGUCACUGUUACUACCACGGACAUGUGCAUGGUUAUCCUGGAUCGACGGUCAGCCUCAGCACUUGUUCUGGUCUCAGGGGACUUAUUAUGUUUGAAAAUAAAACCUAUAUCUUAGAACCGAUGAAAAAUACAACCAAUAGAUACAAGCUCUACCCAGCGGAGAGUCUGAAGAGCAUCCUGGGAUCUUGUGGAUCACAUUGGAACACCUCGGGCCUCACUGCGGAUAACUUGCUCCAGCCACCCUCCCAGAUGCGGGCAAACAGGUAUAAAAGAGAGACCCUCAAGAUGACCAAGUACGUAGAGCUGGUCAUUGUGGCAGACAACCGAGAGUUUCAGAGGCAAAGAAAAGAUCUGGAAAAAGUCAAGCAGCGACUAAUAGAGAUCGCUAAUCACGUUGACAAGUUUUACAGGGCGCUCAACAUCCGCAUCGUCCUGGUGGGCGUGGAAGUGUGGAAUGACAUCGACAAGUGCUCCAUAAGUCAGGACCCAUUCACAAGCCUCCAUGAGUUUCUGGACUGGAGAAAGAUGAAGCUUCUACCUCGAAAAUCCCACGACAAUGCCCAGCUUAUCAGCGGGGUGUAUUUCCAAGGGACCACCAUCGGCAUGGCGCCCAUCAUGAGCAUGUGUACCGCGGAGCAGUCCGGCGGAGUCGUCAUGGAUCAUUCAGACAGCCCCCUUGGCGCGGCCGUGACCCUGGCCCACGAGCUGGGCCACAAUUUCGGGAUGAACCAUGACACGCUGGAGAGGGGCUGUAACUGCAGAAUGACUGCUGAGAGAGGCGGCUGCAUCAUGAACCCUUCGACUGGGUACCCAUUCCCCAUGGUGUUCAGCAGCUGCAGCAGGAGGGACCUGGAGGCCAGCCUGGAGAAAGGAAUGGGCAUGUGCUUGUUUAACCUGCCGGAAGUCAAGCAGUCCUUUGGGGGCCAGAAGUGUGGCAAUGGAUAUGUGGAAGAGGGAGAGGAGUGUGACUGUGGGGAACCCGAGGAAUGUACGAAUCGCUGCUGCAAUGCCAGUACCUGCACCCUGAAGCCAGACGCCGUGUGUGCACAUGGGUUGUGCUGCCAGGACUGCCAGCCGAAGCCUGCGGGAACGGCAUGCAGGGAUUCCAGCAACGCCUGCGACCUCCCUGAGUUCUGCACGGGGGCCAGUCCUCACUGCCCAGCCAACGUCUACCUGCACGACGGCCACCAGUGCCAGGGGGUGGACGGCUACUGCUACAACGGUGUCUGCCAGACCCACGAGCAGCAGUGUGUCACGCUCUGGGGACCAGGUGCUAAACCUGCCCCCGGGAUCUGCUUUGAGAGAGUCAACUCUGCAGGCGACCCCUAUGGCAACUGCGGCAAGGAUUCCAAAAUCACCUUUGCCAAGUGCGCGAUGAGGGAUGCUAAGUGUGGAAAAAUCCAGUGCCAAGGAGGUGCCAGCCGACCCGUCAUUGGUACCAAUGCCGUUUCCAUAGAGACCAAUAUCCCACUGCAGGAAGGAGGCCGGAUUCUGUGCCGCGGGACUCACGUGUACUUGGGAGAUGACAUGCCCGACCCAGGGCUUGUGCUUGCCGGCACAAAAUGUGCAGAUGGAAAAAUCUGCCUCAACCGCCAAUGUCAAAAUAUCAGUGUCUUUGGUGUCCACGACUGUGCAGCCCAGUGCCACGGCAGAGGGGUAUGCAACAACAGGAAGAACUGCCACUGCGAGGCCCACUGGGCUCCCCCGUUCUGUGACAAGUUCGGCUUCGGAGGAAGCAUGGACAGCGGCCCCGUCCGACAAGCAGAUAAGCAAAGCCUCACUAUAGGACUCCUGGUGGCCACCCUGUGUCUUCUUGCCGCGGGCUUUGUGGUGUAUCUCAAAAGGAAGACCUUGAUACGGCUGCUGUUUACAAAUAAAAAAAACACUAUUGAGAAACUCAGGUGUGUGCGCGCUUCCCGGCCCUGCAGCGGCCCCCAGCCUACGCGGGCUCACCUCACCCACCUGAGCAAAGGCCUGAUGAGGAUGCCACCACCUUCCAGCACACCUAAGGUGAGUGUUAAACAGGCAUGGGGACAUGACACCAGUCCGCACGCACAGGCUUUUCGGUGCAAGCUUGAGGAGGAUUAA